UCGUUCCUUUGAGCAAUCCAAGUGACCUUAGUUUCAACGCUCGCCGCCACUCUGGCUAGCGAAACGAAGAAGGCUAUAAUGACGCACGCUUCAGCGCAAGAUAAAUUCGUUUAGCCAUGUGCACUACUGUGUCCAGCAAAGUGCCAUAUAGGAUGUGCGAGUGCGAAAGUGAUUUUUAUAUUAGAGGCUCAUUGAGUGCGUGUAACAAGUGACCGACAACAGCAAGUAGUGUGCAAUCAGCCAUCAGUGGCAAGUGAGUAAUAAUGGGAGUUUAAUCCAAUUUGUGAUGUUAAAUCAGUUCGUUUACAUCGCCUUCUUGGAUGCCGUGGAGUGAAUGGUGUGCCUUAAGAAGCGGAUUUGUACUCUCGAAAGAACGAGCUUGUAACGGAAUAAUAGUAGCCGUCUAAAUUUGGAAGCAAUCGUACCUUACAUAUAUUGUCAACAAGAAGCUCUCUGUCAAAUCCAGCACAGUUUCAAUCGGCAUCUAGAAUCGGUCUACUAGUGAAAUGACAAUUUCGACCGCGGCGCCACCAACGGCAGUAUUAACCUUCUCCGGCGUCUAAGAAAAGCAACGACCAGGUUGCCAUUAAUUAGCACCGAUCAUGCUGCACCAGCAAAAGCACUGACACGCGAAUGGCAGAUCAGAGCAACAACAUAUAGACGCCCGCGGUCAGCCUCCGACGAAAUCGAGAGCUUUUUAAGGAACAUAUUAACUAAUAAAUGCAAUCGCUAAUUAGAUAGAUAAUAAUACACCGCACAGCGGCACAGUUGCUGAAAAUGCGUCGAGUGUGAAACCGAGUUCCAGAGAGCCCGAAGAAGGUGUGCUCAAGUGCCCAAAAGCCAUAAGCGCGAUCGAAGGAAAGAGCGUGUGUGUGUGUAAUCAAAUAGCUGAAAACAUAUAAAAUACCACGAGAAGCACCAGCUUCAUGAUGGACAACGGCAGCAUACCGGUAGCGAUGCUGAGGAGGCACCUGAACUCAUUCAUGAUCGUCCUGAUAGUGUUAGUUAGCUGCAGCUUAGAUAGGAUUGACAGUUGGACACCAGAUGUCCUGACCAAGUCAUACAUUACAUACGAUAACACAAUACCAGCCUUUUUCGGCAACAGCACUGAUUACUUUAAGUUGCUAGAUCAAGAUGACAACUCGAUACUGAUAGGAGCGCGGAAUGCGCUGUACAACAUUAGCCUGGAUCGGUUGAUUGAACAUCCGACCCAACGGAUCACGUGGCCCUCGUCGGAUGCCCACCGGGAGCUUUGUACGCUCAAGGGCAAGCUGGAUCAGGACUGCCAAAACUACAUUCGGGUGUACGCGCGGGUAGGCGCUAACAGGAUUAUGCUUUGCGGGACAAAUUCGUACAAGCCACUUUGCCGGUUCUACAACAUACUGCCGAGCGAUAGUGCAAUUGCGUACGAUAACAAUGAGAUGGAAGCCCUUGGACGAUGUCCGUAUAAUCCUCUGCAUAAUAGCACUUAUUUGUUUACCGACGGCCAUCUGUACUCGGCCACGGUAGCGGAUUUCUCGGCAGCAGAUCCCCUAAUAUACCGAGAACCACAGCGAACCGAGCAGUACGAUAGCAAGCAGCUCAAUCAGCCGGCCUUUGUGAGUGCCGUAGAGCACAAUGGAUAUGUGCUGUUUUUCUUCCGGGAAGUGGCCGUCGAGUAUAUGAACUGUGGCAAAGCAAUUUAUUCUCGCGUUAGCCGUGUCUGCAAAAACGAUAAAGGUGGACCACAUCCAUUGAAUGACCGCUGGACGUCAUUCUUGAAAGCCAGACUAAACUGUUCCAUACCGGGCGAAUAUCCGUUCUAUUUCGAUGAAAUCCAAUCUACUACUAAAACGAUCAAUGGCAUCUACGGUGGCGAUACGAAUCAGAUCAUCUACGCGAUCAUGACCACGCCGGACAACGCCAUCGGUGGUUCGGCCGUGUGUGCUUUCUCCAUUCAAGACAUUUUGGAUACCUUCGAGGGGUCGUUCAAAUCGCAGCGAGAUAUUCACUCGAAUUGGCUUCAAGUUCCCCAGAACCAAGUGCCGGAUCCUCGUCCGGGAAAGUGCGUUGAUGAUAGCCGGACACUGCCGAAGGCUUCAGUGAAUUUUGUGAAGAUGAAUACUUUGAUGGACGCAUCGGUGCGAUCAUUACAUUCCCGACCCAUUUUCACGCGAGUUAGCCUUCUGUACCGCCUUUCGGCGAUCACUGUUGAUCCUCAGGUGAAAGCGUUGGACGGCAAAACGUACGAUGUAAUUUUUGUUGGCACCAACGACGGAAAGGUCAUAAAAUUCGUUAACAUAUUGUCGUCCAACUCGACGGAUGAGGUCAAAACCGUUAUAAUCAGCGAAACUCAAGCAUUCCCAAUAGGUACCAAGGUGAACGCAUUGACCAUUUCCAAGAAGAACAAAAAGUUGAUUGUUAUUAGCAAUGGGAAGAUAAUUUCGCUGCCACUCAGUAAUUGCAACGAACACGAGUUCAAAUCUUGCCGCAAAUGCCUAGAGCUACAGGAUCCCUACUGUGCUUGGGAUGAUGUGAACCGAGAAUGUCGAACCGUUGACGAUCACCACGCUGGUAGCCGAUCGAUGGAUAAUCUCUUCCAGCGCUUGGAUGGACUGAACGUAAAUGACAUCUGCAAAAAGUACGACCAGCGUGAUCAGCGUCAACACAAAGCGGAAGACAACGACGUCUACACGAGGGUUGAUGGGUCCGGUUCUGCCGAAAAGGACAGCCCCACCGAAACCAAGAAUGUCGUCAUCAUCCAGGGCACGGUCGCCUCCACGGGGCCGGUCGAUAUUGAUAAUGAAAUAUCGAUGACCUCGCUCGAAGGAAGCGUGUUGACGAAUAAAAUCGGAUCCCAUCAGUACCACCAUAAAACAGAUCCGCUCGUUAAGGAAAGCGUCUCCAUGGCAGCAUUAAACUGGCAGAUAAGCAUCAUGCUGGUGGUAUUUUCGGUCAUCAUCGGCAUAUUGCUUGGUUUUUGCAUCACUCGACAGGUCAUCAAGAAGCAGUCCUUUCACGGCAGUGAGCAUCGAAAUCAGCUGAAUUGGCACCACACCAAGAACUUGAGCAUGCUUUCGCAGAACCGCACCAGCGGGAAAGACGUGAAUCUACUGAUGAACACGAACACAAACACAAACACCGGCAAUCAGUACCACACGCAGCAGCAGGCUAUCGUCCAGCAGCUGCAGCAGCACCAUCAGAACAAUAUGAAGGACAAUAUCGACUUUGAUUUCAAAGAUCGAAGCGUCGAAUGCAAGAACUCGACGGAGAAUCUGGAGAAGGACAUCAGUAAAGGCAUGGGCACGCUGCAGAAGACUCCACAGUUGAAGACAUUCAAGCCUUAGGAAGAUAUAGUUGAUGUGAGAAAGAGAGAGAAAGAGAGUGUGAUUGAAAACGAAGUGCUGCCGCCGAGCUUUGCCAAUGCAUGUAGGUAUUAAUAGUGGUACCGCAAACAAUAUGCAAAAGACGAAUUUGGCGGCGAUAACGAUUAGGAACAUUUGUGAGAGACUGUGUGCCUAGCACAAACCAUCCCCAGCCAGCAUACCACAUUUGGUUCAAGUUGAGGCCUUACUCUGAAACGUGUGCCCAUUCUGCACUGCAAGGUGCGAUAAGCAGGGAAGUUAAACAAUUUACCUUUAAAGAAAUACAACAAA